GGUGACCCCGCUCUCCUGAUCCUGGACCGACUCGGCCUCGCUCAACCCCUUGAAACAUGGCCUAGCAGGAUGACCCUUCCUCUCUUGGACAAGAUAAGCUUUCCGAGGAGUCAGCUGCCUUCACCACCAGCCGAAGAUGUCUUACGGGUCCAUCGAUGGCGGGGGAUUUGGAAGCAGGAACCCUUUUGUGGGCCCUUCGCGCCAGGGCUACCAGCCUUUAGCCACCCAGAUGGAUCCCUGUGAGCUCCAACAGCUGCUCCAGGAAACAUCGGCCAGCGUCUUUCGGAUCAACUCCAAUGUGAACUCCCUGGAGAAGAGUCUGCGGUUUCUGGGGACUCCAAGUGACACGCUGGAGCUCCGUGAUGGGCUGCACGCCACCCAGCAAGAGACCAAUAAAACCGUCACUUCCAGUACCAAAGCUAUCAAGCAGCUGUCUGAAAUUGUUAGAGGCUCAUCACGGCAAGAGCGACUUCAACUGGACCGUCUUAAGAACCAGUUGUCAGAUGCCAUCCAGCGAUACGGGGCCAUGCAAAAAAAAAUUGCAGAGAAGUCCAAGUCCCUGCUUCCUGUGGCUCCGCGAAGUGGAAAGCAGAGUCCCAGGACCCCAUUCUCCGACCUGGCGGACGAUGAGAAGAUCUUCAGUGGGGCGGACGGUCCGUGGCAGAGCCAGGCCCAGAGCCAGGACCAGGCCCUGCUGGCCGAGAUCACCGAGGCCGACCUGGACACCAUCCGCCAACGGGAGGAGGCUGUCCAGCAGAUAGAGAGCGACAUGCUGGAUGUGAACCAGAUCAUCAAGGACUUGGCCUCCAUGGUGUAUGAGCAAGGAGACACAAUUGAUAGUAUUGAAGGCAACCUUGAGACUGCAGCUUCUAAUGUAGAGUCAGCCAAUGAGCAAUUGGCUAAAGCCAGUCGGCACCAACAGCGGGCUAGGAAGAUGAAAUGCUGCCUCAUCUCGUCUGGGAUGACCGUUUUGCUCAUCAUCAUCAUCAUCAUCGCCAUCUUGGAGAGAAAGUGACCCCCCCCGAGCGCUGACCUCCAGGAUCUCCUGUGCACCUCUACAAAGCUAAAGAGACUUGAAGGAGCUCUGCUUUUGGCCACGUAUCAACGUCUGCUUUCUUGAAUCCAUCCCAGCUGAUGACUCUGCUGCCAAUAAAUGCUGGUGCCCUGUGAGA